UCAACUCAACAUGGGAGGUAAAAAAAUAUUUCGCAAAUGAUCAAAACCGAAGACUAAUAUCGCGAGUACGCUCGCGGACUGACAAAUACACGCGUACACCCACGCAGUGCAAUUAUACAGAGAGGACAACGUGAAAUUGCACACCCAGAUUUUGUGCGCAAGCGUGAAUCAAAACUACAGUCGAAUUUAUCAGCUGCUAGCGUGUUGUAUCAACAGCCUCAGAUUUCAGCUGUAGCUGUCAAAUUAUCUGUCACCGAUACAGCUGUUUAUAUAUAGCCAGCGUCGUAUCUCGAUGGACAUCCGAAGUGUCGACGGGGUUGUUACGCUGGUGGGGUUAGGGGUAGCGUGUGCGAGUGUCGGCACGCUGCUCGGUGUCGUCGUCUACACGAUCUGCGCCAAGUUCCGGAUAGUCCUUGGUGGCAGUGCGGUAUGGGGGCCGCUCAACUGGUUCGAGGAGGACAUUCUGGACCGCGAGGAGGCAGCCAGAUCCCGUCAACUCCUGGUCGGUGGGCGCAGUGACCCGAACAAGGAUGCGAACAGCGACAGCGACGAGUCCGUUUGGCCGGGAGCGCUCGCCACCAAGGAGAACUUGGGGGCGUCCCUUUCGGAGACCGAGGGUGCCCUCGCGAUACCCACGAGUCCUUCGAGAGUCGGACAUUUCCCCGCACCCCUACCGGAAUCCGUCCGCCUCGUCGCAACGGAGAAUCUGAUCGUCCUGACGAAGCCUUGCCGAACGAUACCCAGUAUGCAGACGAGGCUCGAUCCUGCGAAAAUCGACACCACGCUCUACCGAACGCAGCCCGACGAUCGGGAUCCCGCUGCACCUGCUUCCGACGAGGACGCGCGAGGAGAACUUUUGACGAGCCUCGUCUACGACGCACCGGCUGGGAUUUUGACCGUCCGGUUGAUCGAGGCGCGCAAUCUGCAAGGUCGAGAGUUGAGCGGUACGGCGGACCCGUACGCAAAGAUCAGACUUUUGCCCGAUCGCAGUAACGUAUGGCAGACGAGGAUUCACAAGCGAACGUUGAACCCAGUCUUCGACGAGGACUUCGUAUUCGAGGUGAAGCCCGCGACCGCCUUGUGGAAGACCCUCGAAAUUCUCAUCUACGAUUUCGACGCGCUAUCGCGCCACCGGAGCAUCGGAUGCGUCCGGCUGCCCCUGUCGUCGGUGGAUCUGGGCUCGAGGGCGAUAAUGAGCAAACCUAUACUACGGUGCACGGAGAGGGACGUCAGGGCCGAACUCGGUGAACUAAUGGUGUCCAUGUCCUUCCUACCAUCGGCCGAAAGACUCACGGUAAUGGUGAUCAAAGCGCGCAAUCUGAGGGUCGUCGACGACGCCAGGACCAGUUCCGACCCCUGCGUCAAGGUGAGCGUUUUCUCGGACGACGGUAAGCGUUUGAAAAAACGAAAAUCCGGAGUGCAGCGCAACACUACGAAUCCCGUAUGGAACGAGGCAUUGACCUUCGAUUUGGGUAGGGAAUCUCUGUCCCGUGGCAGUAUCGAGUUCCUCGUGCUACACGACAGUCUGCUCGGACCGAGCGAAGCUCUGGCCAGAUGCGUGGUCUCGGCGAAGAGUCAACGUGAUUUAUUUAACGAGGUAUUGGCGGGUCGAGGGGCGACCGCGCAGUGGUUACCGUUGGCGGAAACCAGGCAAUUCUGAAAUCAACGGGGUAUGGAUCAUUAGAAUAGGGAAGUAUCGCUACUCGUAUUUGUGUAUAUCGGUGACUCGUAAAAUGUAAGCGGCACGCGGAAAUAAGCCGCGAUAAGAAAAAAGGAAAAAAACCAAAAAGAACAAGUUGAAAAAACCGUUGUACGCGCAUGCGCAACUGCACCCUACUACAUACAUAUCUAUACAUAUACAUUUGUGUACAUACAUACAUGCGCAAUCCGUUGCUCUCUUCCCAACUUUAUAGGUCUGACUGAGGUCACUGCGUAGGGGAAGGUGAGGCGGAACCGACUAUGAAAACAGUAAAAAAAAAAAAUCAGCGUUUCUGUAUCAAGGCUAGUGAAACAAAACGGCCGUACGCAACGUGGUUUUACUUUCAGUGAUGAAGCAGCAACAAAAAAAAAAAAAAAACCACCAAACCGAUAGAAAAACUAAAUCAACGCUCGCCCCUGAAAUUAUUUUUUUUGCUUCAUUUUUUUUUGGGCCAUUAAUUCUCACCCUGCCUGACCUCGUAUUCAAUCUGCCGAAUUGAAAUAUCUCAAGGGGACCGCACAAGCGACGCUUGUCAAUUAAUUUUUCACGCUUCAAUUAUGUUCCGAAUUUGAUAGAUCCGAGAUGAGAAUUAUAAAAAUUGGAUAUUUCAAAGGAGUGAUCGAAACAGAAAUUUCGACGACAACGGGUCUGCCCGGUCUGCCUAUGAUAGUAAAAGUUGUAUCGUGAAUAUAUUAGCAUAUAAAUGUGCAUACGUAUAUUCGUAUCGUAACUCUGUACCUGUACCUGUACUUAUUGUAUGUAUAAUAAUAAUAAUAAUAUUGAUAAUAA